AUGGAGCUCCCUGCUCAAGUCAGUGGGGGCAAGAGUGUUGGCAUCGCUCACAGCACGAUGCAUUGCUCAUCCUCUUCGCUUGCACAGGACACAGACUACCUUCACGAGAGCAGCACUGAUGCUGCACUUCCCGGGGAUAAAGUUUCCGAAUCAGCAGACAGCGUGAGGGAGGAGGGACUGCGAGCUUUCCGCGCCGGUGAUUGGAGGGGGGCAACAGACGCAUGGAGCCGUGGGCUCCGUACGCUUGACUACAUCCUAUCCCGGGAGGAUGAGUUCGAUGAGGACAAGAGAAAAGAAUUCCUCACUAUGCACCAGUCGUAUUUGUUGAAUUUGUCACUCUCCACCCUUAAGGAGGGCCGCUGGGCUGCGUGCAUCCUGUACUGUGACAAAGCACUGCAGCGGGACCCGACAGCUGUGAAGGCUCUCUACAGAAAGGCUCAGGCGCAGCAGGAGUUAGGGAAUUUUGACGGAGCGUUGGCGACCUUAGAUCGUUAUUUGCGAGUGUCUCCGGGGAGUCCUCUGGCCUUGUCGCUGCAGGCCCAGUUACGGCACCUGAAGGCGGCGCACGCAGUAAAAGAAAAGAAGCUGCUCCAGGGGAUGUUCCGCAAACUGGAACAUGACCCGCGAUCGGAGGCGGCUGGAGCUGCUGCUGCAGGGGCAGCACCUUCGAAACAGAGAGGUUUACUGACCUAUGUGAAGACAGCUGUGAUGGACUGGUUUGGGGGGUUCGCUAAGAAGCAGCAAUCCAGUACGGACUGCAUGCAAUAUAAUCAGAAUAUGAUGCACGACAUUGCCGCGGUGCAAGCAGCUAUGCGAGCUGCCGGUGUGGAUAGUAAUAAAAACCACGACGAGUGCAGUCAGAAUGCCGUGGCGGAGGCUGUAGCUGCCAUGUUCGGGGGCAGAGGUAGGAAUGGGACUCCGAACACGGAGGACCUACGGCAGUUCACAGAGCUGUUGAAGAAGUAUCAAACCGUGCAAGCAGGGGAGGCGUCGUUCAUGGAUAGGCUGAGAUUCCGCCUCUCUCUAGUGUGGUUCGGCAUUGAGCAUAUCUGUGUAUCCUUCUGUUGCAAGCGCUGCCGAAAAAGACAAACGCAGCAACAAGAACAAACGGAACCCGAGUGGGAAGACGUGCAAUCCACAGUGUCUGCUGCUUCCCACAAGCCAACAUUGGAAGGCAGAGAUGACAGGAGCAUCCGUUACGGAGCCCAGCGUAGGCAGCAAUACCGCCAUUCAGUAGCAACUGCUACUAGAAGACGCAGGAAUCAGCAACAACUUACCAAGGGAAGGACCUCAAGCAGUAGAAUCGAAGAUCUUGACGAACUGAGCGACGGUGGACGUUAA